AUGAAACAAGUUAUAAAAUUCAAUGCUACAACUAAAGAAUGUCUACCUGUAAUGAAAUUUUUGUAUGUUUCAAGUAAAUAUGCUAUUAUUAUGAAUAAAAUAUUGAAUUAUACAAAAAGUUUUUACUUUGUUACUGAAUUAGAACUUAGUAAUAAUCAAGUUAUUAUUGAAAGAGAAUAUGAAUUCUUAAAAAAUGUAACUAAUACUAUUGGUAAUAAAAUAUUUCAAUAUUUAUGCUAUGAAAACAAUAAGAAAACCAUAAAUAUUGAAAAAAGUAAUACAUUAGAAGAAAAAGUUAGAGCAUAUCUUCAAAAAAUUGAAAUAUGUAAAACAGUAGAAGCAGAUAAAAUUUAUAGAGAUCAUUUUAUUAAAGAUAUAUGCUAUAAUUUUAUGCCUAUAAUUACAAAAAAAGGAGAAUUAAUGUUUGCAGACAAGGAUAAUCAUUUGCAUCAUUACUUAGAAUCAAGAAAAUGCAAUAAUAUGGUAAAUGAAAAAUUAUUGGUUUAUAGUACUAAUGAGAAAAACAAUGAUAGAUUAUUGUAUGAAGUUAUUAUAAAUUGGAUUCUUCAUAAACUUCAUUUAUAUGACAAAAAAAUGAAACUUGGUUGGUGGACAUUAAAUUUGCACAGCAUUGGACAUUUUAUAGUUGGUUUAUUAUUAAUUAUAUCAAUUCCUAUUUCAAUAGUAAUACUUUACUAUUUAAUUUUACUUGGACAAAAAAUUUAUAUUUUCAAAAUUAUUUCAGUUAUUUUUAAUACAGUAUAUGUAAUUGGAACAUUUAUUUUGAGAAAAAGUGGAAAUAUACUUUUAAAUGUUAGAAAGGACAUUAGAAAACAUUAUAAAAUAUUUCCAAACAAUUCAACUAUAAUAGAAGAAAUGAGAAAUUUAAAAACUAAUACUUAA